AUGAAGUACUUGGGCGCUUUCUUGUUGGCCAACCUCGGCGGCAACGCUUCCCCGUCCGCUCAGGACAUCCUCAAGGUUCUUGGUGAGUUCUAAUGCUUUUAAAAAAUUUGUUUCUUCUAUGCGAAGCCAUCGCCAAAUUUACUUUGAUUGCUAUUUUCCGCAAAAUUUGUUUUCAGAGGCCGGAGGUCUCGACUGCGACAUGGAAGAGGCCAAUGCCGUCGUCACCGCACUCCAGGGAAAGACCGUUGCUGAGGUCAUCGCUCAAGGAAAGGUGAAGCUCGCCAGCGUCCCAUCCGGAGGAUCUGCCCCAGCCGCUUCUUCCGCUCCAGCUGGAGCCGCCGCCCCGAAAGGUUAGUCUUGAAUUUUUAGAAAACUGAGAAUAAUCUUUCUUUUUCAGCCGAGGAGAAGAAGAAGGAGGAGCCAAAGGAGGAGUCCGAUGACGACAUGGGCUUCGGUCUCUUCGACUAA